GAAGGAAGUGAAGAAGAGGAGGAAGUGAAGAACUCGGUGUUCUCCUCCUCCUCCACCUCCUCCGCCCAUGACCAGGAAAAAAUUGCAAACAUUCCUGUGAACGACGGCCGACACUAACCCGUCUUUCCCGGCUCUGCAGAGGAAUCACUGCCCGGCUUUAUGGUUCGUUAGGCCGCGGAGAGACCGCACACGUUUCCCCUGAAAAACCUCCAGCACCAGGAGCAGCAGCAGCAGCAGGGGCGUCAUGGCGUCCACUGUGACUUUAGAGGACGCUCUGUCCAAUGUGGACCUGCUGGAGGAGUUGCCACUGCCUGACCAGCAGCCGUGCAUCGAGCCGCUCCCCUCCUCUGUCAUGUACCAGCCAAACUUCAACACAAACUUUGAGGACAGAAACGCCUUUGUCACCGGCAUCGCCCGCUACAUCGAGCAGGCCACUGUCCACUCCAGCAUGAAUGAGAUGUUGGAGGAGGGGCAGGAGUACGCCAUCAUGCUGUACACCUGGAGGAGCUGCUCACGUGCAAUACCACAGGUGAAAUGUAACGAACAGCCCAACAGAGUGGAGAUCUACGAGAAGACGGUGGAGGUUCUGGAGCCUGAAGUCACCAAACUCAUGAACUUCAUGUACUUCCAGCGCACGGCCAUCGAUCGUUUCUGCGGCGAGGUCCGUCGCCUGUGUCACACCGAGCGCAGGAAGGACUUUGUGUCAGAGGCGUAUCUGAUGACGCUUGGGAAGUUCAUCAACAUGUUUGCUGUGCUGGACGAGCUGAAGAACAUGAAGUGCAGCGUCAAGAACGAUCACUCCGCCUACAAACGAGCUGCUCAGUUCCUCAGAAAAAUGUCCGAGCCCUCGUCCAUCCAGGAGUCUCAGAAUCUGUCCAUGUUCCUGGCAAACCACAACAAAAUCACUCAGUCUCUGCAGCAGCAGCUUGAAGUCAUUAACGGAUACGAGGAGCUUUUAGCCGACAUCGUUAACCUGUGCAUCGAUUACUACGAGAACAAGAUGUACCUGACGCCCAGCGAGAAACACAUGCUGCUCAAAGUGAUGGGUUUUGGUUUGUAUCUCAUGGACGGAAACAGCAGCAACAUUUACAAACUCGACGCCAAGAAGAGAAUCAAUCUGAGCAAGAUCGACAAGUUUUUCAAGCAACUGCAGGUGGUUCCUCUGUUUGGUGACAUGCAGAUCGAGCUGUCGCGUUACAUCAAGACCAGCGCUCACUUUGAAGAGAACAAAUCCAGGUGGACGUGCACGUCCAUAUCCAGCAGUCCUCAGUACAACAUCUGUGAGCAGAUGCUUCAGAUCCGUGAUGACCACAUGCGCUUCAUCUCAGAGUUGGCUCGCUACAGCAACAGUGAGGUGGUGACAGGAUCAGGACGUCAGGAGUCUCAGAAGACAGACUCUGAGUACAGGAAGUUGUUUGACUUGGCUCUGCAGGGCAUGCAGCUGCUCUCUCAGUGGAGCGCUCAUGUCAUGGAAGUGUAUUCCUGGAAACUGGUUCAUCCAACAGACAAAUAUUCCAACAAAGAGUGUCCUGAUAACGCUGAGGAGUACGAGAGAGCCACGAGAUACAACUACACCAGUGAGGAGAAGUUCGCCCUCGUCGAGGUGAUGGCGAUGAUAAAGGGCCUGCAGGUGUUGAUGGGUCGUAUGGAGAGCGUGUUCAAUCACGCCAUCCGUCACACCAUCUACUCUGCACUGCAGGACUUUGCUCAGGUGACGCUCAGAGAUCCUCUCCGUCAGUCCAUCAAGAAGAAGAAGAACGUGGUGCAGAGCGUCCUCCAGGCCAUCAGGAAGACGGUGUGUGACUGGGAAACGGGCCGCGAGCCUCACAACGACCCAGCUCUGCGUGGAGAGAAAGAUCCUAAAGGAGGAUUUGACAUCAAGGUUCCUCGCCGCGCUGUCGGGCCGUCCAGCACUCAGCUGUACAUGGUGAGGACGAUGCUGGAGUCUCUGAUCGCUGAUAAAAGCGGCUCAAAGAAGACUCUGCGCAGCACUCUGGAAGGUCCCACCAUCCUGGACAUCGAGAAGUUCCACCGCGAGUCCUUCUUCUACACUCACUUGCUCAACUUCAGCGAAACCCUGCAGCAGUGCUGUGAUCUGUCCCAGCUCUGGUUCAGAGAGUUCUUCCUGGAGCUCACCAUGGGUCGCAGGAUCCAGUUCCCCAUCGAGAUGUCCAUGCCCUGGAUCCUCACAGACCAUAUCCUGGAGACCAAGGAGGCUUCUAUGAUGGAGUAUGUGCUGUAUCCUCUGGAUUUGUACAACGACAGCGCUCACUACGCUCUGACCAAAUUCAAGAAGCAGUUUCUCUACGAUGAGAUUGAAGCAGAGGUGAACUUGUGCUUCGAUCAGUUUGUUUAUAAACUGGCUGAUCAGAUUUUUGCUUACUACAAGAUUCUGGCAGGAAGUCUUCUGCUGGACAAACGUUUGCGAGCCGACUGUAAGAACCAGGGCGCCAACAUUCCCUGGCCCGCCUCCAACCGCUACGAGACACUGCUGAAGCAACGUCACGUGCAGCUCUUGGGUCGCUCCAUUGACCUGAACAGACUCAUCACUCAGAGAGUUUCUGCUGCUCUGGCCAAGUCUCUGGAACUCGCCAUCAAUCGCUUUGAGAGUGAGGACCUCACGUCGAUCAUGGAACUGGACGGUCUCCUGGAGAUCAACCGUUUGACCCACAAGCUGCUCAGUAAGUUUCUGACCCUGGACAGUCUGGAUGCCAUGUUCCGCGAGGCCAACCACAACGUGUCUGCUCCCUACGGCCGCAUCACACUGCACGUCUUCUGGGAGCUCAACUACGACUUCCUGCCAAACUACUGCUACAACGGCUCCACCAACAGGUUUGUGAGGACCAUCCUGCCCUUCUCUCAAGAGUUCCAGAGAGACAAACCACCCAACGCUCAGCCUCAGUAUCUGUACGGGUCAAAGACGUUGAAUCUGGCCUACAGCAGCAUCUUCAGCACCUACAGGAACUUUGUGGGUCCUCCUCACAUCAAGGUCAUGUGUCGACUGCUGGGUUACCAGGGCAUCGCUGUGGUGAUGGAGGAACUGCUGAAGGUGGUCAAGAGUCUGCUGCAGGGAACCAUCAUGCAGUACGUGAAGACUCUGAUGGAGGUGAUGCCAAAGAUCUGCAGACUUCCUCGUCAUGAGUACGGUUCUCCAGGAAUCCUGGAGUUCUUCCACCAUCAACUGAAGGACAUCGUUGAGUACGCUGAGCUGAAGACGGUUUGUUUCCAGAACCUGAGAGAAGUGGGCAACGCCAUGUUGUUCUGUCUGCUGAGUGAACAGAGUCUGUCUCAGGAGGAAGUUUGUGAUUUGCUUCAUGCUGCACCUUUCCAGAACAUUCUGCCCAGAGUUCACGUCAAAGAAGGUGAACGUCUGGACGCUAAGAUGAAGCGCCUUGAGGCCAAAUACACAGCUCUUCACAUGGUUCCACUGAUCGAGCGUCUGGGAACUCCUCAGCAAAUAGCCAUCGCUCGCGAGGGCGACCUCCUGACCAAAGAGCGCCUGUGCUGCGGUCUGUCCAUGUUCGAGGUCAUCCUCACGCGCGUGCGCGGCUUCCUCGAAGACCCCAUCUGGCGCGGGCCGUUGCCUAGCAACGGCGUGAUGCACGUGGACGAGUGUGUGGAGUUUCAUCGUCUGUGGAGCGCCAUGCAGUUCGUCUACUGCAUCCCUGUGGGAGCGCACGAGUUCACUGUGGAGCAGUGUUUUGGUGACGGUCUUCACUGGGCCGGCUGUAUGAUCAUCGCUCUGCUCAGUCAACAGCGACGCUUUGACAUCCUGGACUUCAGUUACCACCUGCUCAAAGUCCAGAAACACGACGGCAAAGAUGAGGUCAUCAAGAGCGUGCCACUGAAGAAAAUGGUCGACAGAAUCCGAAAAUUCCAGGUGCUCAACAACGAGAUCUUCGGCAUCCUGAACAAGUACCUGAAGUCUGGAGACGGCGAGAACAUGCCAGUGGAACACGUGCGCUGCUUCCAGCCGCCGAUACACCAGUCACUGGCCAGCAGCUAGAGGGCACCGUGGACACCGUGGACCAGCGUUUGACGUUCCCAACACAAGUUUCCUCCUCAGGAGGUGGGGCCACAUUUGCUGCCUGGUGAUUAUUAUUAUUCUGAUGUUUUUGUAUUCAUUCACAAGUACGUGCCUUAUCACAAACAGAAAUGAUAUUUUUCUCUUUUAUAGAUGAAACUGUUUUAUACUUUGCAGGAUGUUUAGAGGAGGGAUGGGAAAGUAGUUUUUAUCAGAUGAAUAUUUAAAGGGUUUGCUGUGGUGAAGGAGAUUUAAUCUUUGCAUGUCGGAGCAGAAAUAACAAACAGAAAAGUUCACUCGUGUUAAGCAUUUAUUCACUCUGCCUUGUUUUAAAUCAUUUUAAUUCAAUAAAUAUGUAACAAAUC